AUGUCCAGUCAUAUGCAAUCGAACGGCUCAAUAACGGCGGAGACUGAGCGUCUGGAACAGAACAUCACCUUGACUCUCCAGGAGAUUGACCACAACUUCUCUAGAUGCCAUCGCAUCAUCACAACUCACAUUCUUCCGAUUGUCGAGCGGUAUGCUGAGCAAUCGCGGGCUGUGUGGGACGGAUCCAAGUUCUGGAAACAAUUCUUCGAGGCAUCUGCAAAUGUAUCGCUAAGCGGAUACGAAGACUUGGACCCAAACAACCCCGAAACGGACACCACGGCGCACACCACCAUGUACACCGACGUCUCCCAAUCUCACAUCGCUCAAACACCCCGCAACACCGCCGAUGAACGCUCCUUCUUCUCCGAUGUCGGCGACACAUCGACUCCAAACCCUCCACCAGUCCUCCAAACACCUGCACGCGCCUACGAAUCUUCAUACGAUUCCGACAGCACCCCUCUACAACCCGUUGCCCGUGACUACGGCGACGCAACGCCCGGUUCAAGUCCCAUGACAAAUACGAAUGGCGCACCCUCCACAACUCGCGGAAACAAAGGUCCCCUCCUCCACCGCGUGCUUGACAGCAAUUGGCGCGUCCAGGCGACGCCGCACCGGAAUAAUCCAGUCUACGCAUCACCCUCCGACGCGUCGUCCGCUACGCCUAAACUCGAUCUCGAGAGUCGCGUGUGGAGUUCACCGGUUCAGGGGACACCGAAGGCAAAGACGCCGAUGGGUAAAUAUGGUGAGUUCGAUGACUCGGAUGAUGAGGAUGGGUUCCCGCCUGGAAUGUCGCCGCCUGUGACUAUGCAGUUCUCUUUGCCGGCAUCAAAGCUACUGAAAACACCCGCAAAGGAGGCCGCAAACCGGUUGGUCAAGGAGGCCCUGUGGACAGCAGGUCGUGGAGGUCACAACGUCCCCGAGUCUGUGGAGAGUGGUCAAGGCUCAUCAUGGGGACGCCUUGACGUCGAUGAUGGAGGCAGCCCUAUCAUGUACAGAGGAAGAGAGGGACAAGGGGAUGAUAGUAUGAUGGGUGGUGUACAAAGACUAAAGCUAGAGGAGAAUCAGGACGUUGGUGAGGAUAGUGGAGAAUGGGAGUUAUAG